GUCACGGUUCGCACCUUCGCCGAAAAGAAGGAGAGAGAGAGAGAGUACAGACUACACCAAAACAGCUGCAGGUGCAAACCAUAGACGAGGCAAUGUCUGUCUUGUGGUUUUGCGCGCUCGCUGCCUUCAAUAUUGUCCUGUGCCGAGCCGCUUCAUCCGAUUGUGAGAAUCCUCCAUUAGACAUAUCUAUCGUGAUCGAUCAAACAAAGAGCGUAGGAGCGGACAACUAUGACGCCAUGUUGGAUUCGGUCAUGGCACUCAUUUCGCAGUAUGAUGUCGGUAGAGACAAGACACACUUCUCCAUCGUAACUUAUGCAAAAGAUGCACAAGUUCGUGUCAGCUUUGACGACCUAAAAUAUCAAAGUAAAGCGGCCCUUCGUGCACUGAUUGAAGAGAUGAAGAAGAAAGACAAGUUGGGGAACCCGACGAGGACUGACAACGCCUUGAAAGUGGUCGGUGAGAAAGUGUUCGACGAAAAGAAUGGAGAUCGACCGGAAUCACCAAAUGUUAUGAUCAUCUUCACUGAUGGGGGAACGCAUAAGAGUUCUAAGCCUUACAGCACCGUGCUACCAACUCUUGAGAAAAAGGGAGUACAACGUGUGGCUGUUGGAAUUGGAAAAAGCAUUAAGCAGUCAGAGCUGGAGACUAUCGCUGGAGACAAGGAUCGAGUCGUUAACGCUAAAAAUUUCGAUGACUUGAACAACCAGCUGGACGAUAUUCGGGAAGCUACUUGUAAUAUUGAUGGAGGAUACACCGAAUGGAGUGAGUGGAGCAAGUGUUCAGCAACUUGUGGCGGGGGGGUGCGUUAUCACUCCCGAACCUGCACCAACCCAUCACCGAAAAACAAUGGAAAAACGUGUAUUGAACAGAAUCUGGGUCCGGCCAAGGAAUCUGAAAAGUGCAACACCAAGCCCUGCCCUACACCUGGUGGUUAUACUAAGUGGACUUCGUGGGGAAAAUGCAGCGUUACGUGUGGCGGAGGAGUUCAGGUACGAACAAGGACCUGUACCAAUCCCCCUCCGGCUGGUGGUGGACCGACAUGUAUUGAGCAAAAACUUGGACUUGCGAAAGAAACAAAGAGAUGCAACACCCAGCCUUGUGGUACAGAUGGCAACUGGUCUCCCUGGGGUGCCCCUGGUCCUUGUGAUAAGACCUGUGGGGGAGGUACUCGAGUGAGAAAAAGAACAUGCACCAACCCACCUCCAUCUGGGGACGGUAAAGAUUGUGCAGGAAGCAAAACAAAAAAAGAGCCCUGCAACACACAAGCAUGCCCAACUAAAAAACCGGAACCACCUCCACCCAGACCUUGUAAGGAACAUCUCGACGUUGGUGUCAUUGUCGAUUCCUCCAACAGCAUCAGUGCUGGUGAUUAUAAAAUAGCACGUGAUUACUUAGUUCGGCUGGCUCAAAGACUAGAGGUUUCUGAAGCUGGAACACAUAUGGCGAUCCUUCUCUACAGCUGGGAAGCACAUCUCUGGCACAAAUUUACCGAUCCGCAAAAUAUUAAUGCACUAACAGCCAAAGCCAGAAGCUUGCCGCAUAUUCAAGGUGGAACGAGAACAGACAGGGCUCUAGAACUAGCUGCGGAGAAGUUUUUCGGUUGGGACAAUAGUGGAGACAGACCCGAUAAACCAAAUGUGCUACUUGUGCUGACUGAUGGUGACACAAACGAAGGGAGUAAGCCAUUCAGUCAAGUUAUUCCUCCUUUGAAUGAUGCGAACGUAAGGAGAAUUGCUGUCGGAAUUGGAAGUGGAAUAGAUAUCUCGGAGCUUAGACAAAUUGCGAGCUCCAAUAAUGAUGUACUUCAGGUUUAUGGCUACUCACAGUUAAUCCCUAAACUAGAGUCCAUCAUGAACUUGGCUUGUGGGAAUCAGUAUCCAGGUAAUUGUGGCAAUUGGGGCUCCUUCGGAGGCUGUAAUAAGAACUGUGGUGGCGGAAUUCAAGUUCGCUCGAGAAGUUGUCCGGGAAACAGUCUUCAUUUGAGGAAACAAAAGAAGCAUUGUGCCGUCAAUCUUUGUCCAGGACAAAAGCCUUGUGAAGACCAUGCAGGAAAUUGUGCAGUCAGAGCUGCUGCAGGAGACUGCUGGAGGACCGCUAAUGUACCUUCCAGUCAACGCUUGCUCUACGUUGGCAGGACGUUUCCUUUGUGGAACACUUGUCCAAAGAGCUGCAGACGAUGCAAUGUUGAUACCUCAUGCCAAGAUAGUGAUCCCUACGUUUGUCCUUGGUGGUCAGUAGCUCACCGCAAUUCGAGGAAAUGUGGUUAUUCAUGGACACAAGGCGGGUUUCAAAGGUACAGUCUUGGAGACAUGUGUAAGAAAAGCUGUGGCAAAUGUAGUGGAGGCGGCGGCGGCGGCGGCGGCGGCGGCGGCGGCGGAGGAGGAGGAGGAGGAGGAGGAGGCGGUGGCGGUGGCGGCUAUGGAGGCGGCGGUCAUGGUGGCGGUGGCGGCUAUGGAGGCGGCGGUCAUGGUGGCGGUGGUCACGGCGGCGGGCAUGGAGGCGGCGGUUUUGGCUUCGGAGGCGGUCGUCCUGGCGGAUUCGGAGGCGGUCGUCCUGGCGGAUACGGUGGCGGCCGCCGUCCUGGUGGAUUCGGCUUUGGACGUUGAUGAAAAAAAACUGACCGUGGACUAUAGUGAUUACAUCAUUUCAGGUUAUCCGAUCAUGAAAAUAUCAGUCAACAAGAGGAAUUCAAUGGAAAUGGGAAAUAUAAUCUAUAAUCUAUAUUAUAAAGUAUAUAGUAAAUACUACAUAGAGCUAUAUGAGCUAGUGAUUGGGAGAAAUAAAUCUUGAAGUUGCAAGUGAAAAA